AUGAUUCGAUUCAUUCUUAUUCAAAAUCGGGCAGGGAAAACUCGACUCGCAAAAUGGUAUAUGCAUUUCGAUGAUGAUGAAAAGCAGAAGCUGAUCGAAGAAGUGCAUGCUUGCGUCACUGUUCGAGAUGCUAAACACACGAACUUUGUGGAGUUCCGAAACUUCAAAAUCGUUUAUCGGCGUUAUGCUGGAUUGUACUUCUGUAUCUGCGUCGAUAUUAUGGACAAUAAUUUGUAUUAUUUAGAAGCCAUUCAUAAUUUUGUAGAGGUUUUAAAUGAAUAUUUCCAUAACGUCUGCGAGUUGGAUCUUGUAUUCAAUUUUUACAAGGUCAGUAUUUUUCUGAGUUCCACUCUUUUCAACAUUCCUAUUAACUUAGGGACGUCUGUGUGGCGUUCUGCUUAG